GUUCAUGAUGGUUCGUAGUGGAAAAAAUGGUGACCUUCAUCUUAAACAGAUUGCAUAUUAUAAACGAAUUGGUGAAUAUCAUCCAACUACACUGCCUAGUGAGAGAAGUGGCAUAAGAAGAGCAGCAAAAAAAUUUGCCUUCAAAGAAAAAAAGAAAGUCCUAAGAGAAUGCCAUGAAAAUGACACUGGAGCCCAUCAUGGCAUAUCCAGAACCCUUACUCUAGUGGAAUCCAGCUACUAUUGGACUUCUGUGACCAAUGAUGUCAAACAGUGGGUAUAUGCUUGUCAGCAUUGCCAAGUGGCAAAAAAUACGGUUAUUCUAGCACCUAAACAGCACCUUCUCAAAGUGGAGAAUCCAUGGAGUAUAGUUACUGUUGAUCUGAUGGGCCCAUUUCAUACAAGCAGCAGAAGUCAUGUAUAUGCUAUAAUCAUGACAGAUUUGUUCACAAAAUGGAUUGUGAUUUUGCCUCUUUGUGAUGUUUCAGCAUCAGAAAUUUCUAAAGCUAUUAUCAAUAUAUUUUUCUUAUAUGGACCUCCUCAGAAAAUAAUAAUGGACCAAAGAGAUGAGUUCAUUCAUCAGAUCAAUGCAGAACUGUGUGAAUUGUUUGGUACAAAGCAAAUUGUAAUUUCUCAUGCCUCCCAAACUAUUAAUCCAACUGUAAGUACACCUAGCACAAUCAAAACAUUUCUUUCCAAACACUGUGCUGACUACCCAAACAACUGGGAUGAUCACCUAGCAGCUGUUUCAUUUGCCUUCAAUGUUACUCACUCGGAACCUACUAAAAAUACACCGUAUUUUCACAUGUUUAAUAGAAAUCUUUACAUGCCUGAGACUUCAGAUAUUCUUCGUGAAGUGGAUGGUAAUAAUACAAGUAUGUUUGCCAGAAUUCUAGGUGCAAUUAAAGAAGCUGAUAAAAUAAUGGAGAAUAAGACAACUUCACCGGGCCAGAUGGAGAACAACAGUUGUGAUGAACUAAAUAAAAGCAAAAUCAUUGUUAAAAAGAAACCAAAGCAAUUAAAUCCAUUUCAUCUAAAAGUGGGUCAUGAAGUUUUAAGACAAAGGAAAAACUGGUGGAAGGAUGGUCGUUUCCAAUCUGAAUGGGUUGGUCCUUGUGUCAUAGACUAUAUUACAGAAAACGGAUGUGCUGUUCUGAGAGACAACACUGGGACAAGACUUAAAAGACCCAUCAAAAUGUCCCACCUCAAGCCCUAUGUAAGAGAAUCCAGUGAACAAGACAGUCUUUAUCUCUUACAAGGUUCAGUUGUGGCAGACCAUGACUAUAUUGGAAUGCCUGAAAUUUCAGUUGGCGCAUACCAAGCAAAUAUUCUGGUAGAAGAUGCAACUAUUGGAGUAGUCGACAAUGAAUUACUGACAUCAAGCAAGGAUCGUGAACUGUUAGAAUAUAGAAAUGCCAAAAUCUCUCCCUUGAUAGAAGAUCAUAGUACUCUUGAAAAGCAGACUUUUAGUCUCUUGGACUCUUCAAACCAAGUCCUUGAGUACUUAAGUUAGUGAACACCAAAAUUCAUUUAAAGUGCUUGUUUAGAAAGUAUAUCUCCUUGAAUCUUGUUAUCUUUUCCAUUCAAAAAGGUUACUUAGAAAAAGUAUCUUGACAAACUCUUAAUGACUAAAUCCUGAAGAUUUAUUUUAUAACUAUUUAUUUAUCUAAAGUUGUGCCUCAUUUGAAUGUCAGUGCAUAUAUAUAUAUAUAGAUAUAUAGAUAUAUAGAUAUAAAGGCAAAGGAAGUAUAUUACAUAGAUGUCAUUUUUUCUUCUAAAAAGAGAACAGGCAAAGCAUGCUUGCUUCUUAGGAAGUAAACUAAAUUCUAGCUCAAAACUCUCAAAACUUUGUUUGAUAUUGGUACCAUGUUUUCAGUUUUAAUUUUUUUCUAAUAUUCCCCCCUUUUAAAAAAUAAGUUUGAACUACCUAGAAUUGCAUUAAUAAAUAUUUAUUAAAUGUG